GCCUUCUUCCCCAUCAUCUUAGCUGAUUGUUCUCAAGUCUCGAAAACAGCUUCUCGUUCUCGUCUCUGAAUUCUCGUGUUUGCCCAGCGUGGUUUGGCAUUUGAGAUCUGGUAAGUGACUGCGUUUUUCUGCUCUUUAAUGGCUUUCAAAAGCUCUGGGAAAUUCUUUAGUAUUUUGGUAGAGAGGCUUAAACUAUAACAAUUGUACCUUUCAAGUUCAUUGAUUUUUGCUUGUAUGUUGUAUUGUUUGUUUGGUUAUAAAAUCCAUCCAAAAUACUUAAGAGAUAAAGAGCGGUGAUAAAGGAGAAAGGGAAAACUCACGAGAUGGAAACAUAAUAAUAAGAAAUAAUGUAAUAUUUGAGAAAACACUGUUCUUUUUUUUUUCCUUUAAUUCCUCCUUUUAUUCCUUCUUCCCUUCUCUUUCAACACUUCUGUUUUUCCUUUGUCUCAGAAUUUAGUUGCUUGCUCGAUCUUUCUCUGUCUCCAAGCAUGAUUCCUGGCUUUGUCACCAACGUCAUCCUCCCCCGUAUUAUAGAUAACUUGGGUGAUAAGUUGGGUGAUAAGUUGUUUGACAAGUUGGGUGACGGAGUGAUUUCACGUGCUCGUAGAUGGUGGACAGCUUCAGAUUCUUCUGAUUACGAGGCGCAGCGGACGAAACUUAGAGACUCCCUCAAGUUUAUCCAGUCUAUGAUCAAUGAUGCAGAGCGAAAACAGGGAAAAGAAAGUGAUGACUCUGUAAGGCUGUGGUUACGAGAUCUCCAAAGGCUAGCUUAUGAUGCUGAGGAUGUGGUGGACGAGUGUGAUUAUGAGCAUCUUCGCUGCCGUGUUGAGACUUCUGGGGAGAAGAGAAAAAGGAGUUCAUUCACUUCUGAUAUUCUUGACAAAAUAAAAGAUAUUAAUGUGCGCUUCGAUGAAUUAAAGGAGCGUGCAUGUGUGCUUAAUCUGGAGUCACGCGAAGUUCGUCCAACAGCCAUGCAAUUACUCAAGACAGACUCUCUGCUUGGUGAUUCAAAAGUUUUUGGAAGGGGAGAUGAUAUUAAGAGAAUUCUUGGCAUCCUGGAUGACUUGAGGGAGAAACAGUAUCUAGUUUCUGGCAUUUCAAUAGUUGGCAUGGGGGGCCUUGGAAAGACAACAGUAGCAAGAUCAAUAUACAAGAAGGCAAAGGAAGAAAAGCACUAUGAUCUUGUAGCCUGGGUGUGUGUCUCUGAAGACUUCAAUGAGGAAACAAUUUUGAGAGAGAUGCAUGAACAUUUUAAGGGUGGUGUCCCUCCACGCAGCAUCAAUGUACUGGUUGAAGGUCUUGCCAAGGAGUUAGAGAAGAAGACUUUUCUUCUCGUUCUUGAUGACGUGUGGAAUAAAGAUGGAUCGAGGUGGAAUGCUUUCAGCAAUCGUCUCUCAAGAAUUCUGAAGAUAACUAGGAAUUCUAUUUUGGUGACAACUCGUGAUGAAGACGCCUGGUUCUUAGAUCAAUUCGGAGUCCUUCACAAUGGCAAACAACCUUAUCCUUGUGCAAUUUCAACGUGCAUGUUCCCAUUUAUAAAUAAUUUUUUUCUUGGCUUGACAGUAGAAAAAUUGGCAACCAAUGGCACCGAGAUGGUGAUUAUUAGAAAUUCAUCAAGACGUGCAUCAACAACAAUGACCAAAAUGAAGAGCCUUGGAUUUGAUCCCUCUUUCUUUGAAGGAGCCAUCACCAGUGGAGAGUUAACGCAUCAAUACUUGCAAAGGUUUGCUAAUUUUCCUGUUAUGGUUUGUGCUGUGGAAAUGUCACCUUCUCCAUUUGUUAUUGAUGCUGGAUAGUCUUUUCAUGAUGAAAUUGUUAGGCUAUUUUGCUAUUUGUGUCACUGGUCGUCAAAAAUAGGUAUUUUUUCGAUAGGCAUUUUAUAAUUAGACCCAAUUUUUGGGUUAGCAACUAGUGUAUAUUCAGUUGAUCUAAGCCUACUCAAUGUAAUGUUCAUAUUUUAGAAAGAGCCAACUAUUAAUUCAAUUAUGUUCCUAAAAGAAAAAAGAAAGAAAGAAAAAUCAUUUAUUUAUUCAAAAUAGUUUUUUUGUAACCCCAAGAGGUAAGAAUUGAAACAAUUUAUUCUUUUUCAUUCUCAGCAUUUCUUUUUCUUAUAUAUGAAACAUCCUGUUGUAAAUAUGAUUUUGCAUAUCGCCUUUCUUUGAACUUUUGUAACUAUACAUCACAAGUAGUUUUUCCUGGUUUCUAUUUGUAGAAGAGAUGAUCCUUGGUUUGCAGCACUAGGAAGGUCUUGCAUUCAUAUAACCUGGAGUGACGGGUGCUAUAUCUCUUGAGGUAUGCUACUGUUAUAUUGUUUUAUGACCAUUUCUUUAUAAUUUUAUGUAGGAUAUAGAGUUUUCAAAAUGUUAAAUACCGUGUGUCCCAACUCUUCUUUUUCUUCUUUUAUGGAUAUUAGCAAUUUAGUAAUGAAAAGACUAAGGGUUG